GCAAAGUCUGCAGCCUGCCCUGCCCUGGUGUUGUCUGGACACUGGGUGCCUGGAGCUCCGGGUCAGGAACAUGGUAGGGGUGUGCCCGAGCUGAAGCAGUGUGGGCCACAGCUACUGUUGUCACUGUCCCCACCGUCUGGGUUCUGGGGCACCUUCAGAGCUGAGCCAUCCUCUUCCUCUGAGCAGUCACCGUCUGCGAACGGAUCGUCAGCUGGUGGGCUGCGCAUCUUAGCCUUGAGCCAGAGUGGCGGGGGCUCCACGGGGGCCGCCCGCAUGGACGCCAGGCGCCGGGCACCCAGCAGGCAGCUGCACCCCUCAGGGAUUACUGUACUGGCCCUCCUCUCUCUGCUCAGCUGCCAGCUCCCCUCCAGCCAGGCCAAGGUCUACAGUCGCUGCGAGCUGGCCAAAGUGCUGCACGACUUUGGUCUCAAUGGAUUCCGCGGCUAUGGCCUGUCUGACUGGGUCUGCCUCGCUUACUUUACCAGUGGUUUCAACACAGCCGCCGUGGACCACGAGGCGGAUGGAAGCACCAACAAUGGCAUCUUCCAGAUCAACAGCCGCAGGUGGUGCAAAAACAUUUCCCAGAAGGCCCUCAACUUGUGCCGCAUUUACUGCUCUGAUUUGCUGAACCCUAACCUCAAGGAUACUGUUCUCUGUGCCAUGAAGAUAACCCAGCAGCCCCUGGGGCUGGGUUACUGGGAGGCCUGGAGGCAUCACUGCCAGGGCAAGGACCUCAGUGACUGGGUGGACGGCUGUGAAUUCUAGGAGCUUCUCGGCCUGGAGCAGACCACGCACAGCAGGCUGGGCGAUGGGCGUGGGCUGGGACACGGGCUUGGGCAGACAGGCUGCCUAAUAAAGUGUAGUUUCGUGUGUCAGUGGGCUACAGCUCGCUGUGUGCCCAGUGGGA